ACCAAUUUACAUACAAAUCCGACCUCAUGAAAUCUAUUUAAAAAGAGAUAUCAAUCUAAAUGUGUUCUUUCCUCCUUUUACGUAACUAUCAGAUAGAUAUCCGUCCAGAUUUUGUUUCCCAGAAUCGUCCAUGCUUCGUAUUGAUUGGUCUGAAUGUAUUACUGAUUUGUUUAUAGAACAGUGUCAAUGCUUCGGGUUAGUGUGCUAUUCCUGUUGUUGCUGUUCUUGUUGGUUGUCGCUGUUUCGGGAGAGGAAUGUCUAUGCGCUGUGUCCGACACCAACAUUCGGCUCACAGCUAGCAUCAGGGCUCCAGUCAUUGAUGUACUAUUCGCAGGAUCGUGUAUGAUGCACCAUAGAAAGACAUUUCCAUGGGCCUAUGUUAAUGAUUCCAGGAUGAAGGAAGGGUACGUUCUUCUGUCGGAACACUUAGUCCUCAAACAUUGUCACGGAAGUUUUGACUGUGAUAGUAACUCUUGUCAUUCCGGUGGUGAACCGAAACGGCGUCAACAAGCAACUGUUUGGGGUGACUGGGGCGAAUGCAGUGCCACCUGUGGGACAGGCACUCAGGCCAGACAUUGUCAUCACUGUCCACACACGCAUGGACAUACGGAGACUCGCACCUGUAGCAUGCCGGCUUGCCCCGUUUGGGGUGACUGGAGUGACUGCAGCGCCACAUGUGGGACAGGUACACAGGUCAGACAUUGUCACCACUGUCCACACACACACCCUCAUACGGAGAACCGAUCCUGUAGCAUGCCAGAAUGUCCAGUGUGGAAUCAAUGGGGAAGUUGCAGUGUCACCUGUGGAUAUGGUAUUGAAAGUCGCCAUUGUAUAAACCACUGUGGAAGUCUCCAACACGUGACUGAAACCAGGAAAUGUCACCAUAGUCCAUGUCCUCACUGGUCAGAGUGGAGUAGCUGUAGCGUAACGUGUGGUGCUGGUAUCCAAACACGUCAAUGUCGGAACUACUGCUCGAACCUUCACCACGCGACGGAAACAAGGUCAUGUAACCAUGGAAACUGCGCAGCUGUUUGGUCGGAAUGGGGAGACUGCAGUGUAUCUUGUGGGAGUGGACAUAUGAGGCGACAUUGUCUACGUCACUGUAGUAAUAAUCAUGCCAAGGAGGUUCUAGCAUGCAAUUAUGGCCCAUGUCCAAGCUUAAUUCAGGGAUCAGCUCACACAUGUGAUAAAAUGGCUGUGCUGCAUGCUCUUGCCGAGAUAAACACGACAUCCGUUACAUAUUGCCCAGACGCAUGGACGUCAAAAACCGAGAACUUCCUAAUGUCAAACUGUCUCGGAAUACCUUCAGAUACAAGCCUAUGGUAUAAAGGAAUAUCGGUAGCUAUUAAAUGCAAUACAACUGGACAAUUACCCGCCUACACACCGGUAGGAACCUUUUGGAACAACACCUAUCAACAGGACAGGCUACAUGAAGGAUACAGCGGUAUCUUUAUCGCCUGCACUCAAAAUGGGUUUAAGAUGGCCAUCCAGGCAUGCUCCGGAGUACCUACAGUAUUGGACAUUCCUUACGUUACUGGAACACAUCUUACAGAUGACUCUAAACAUCCAAACCUUCCAAGUCGAUAUUUUACUGUCAGAUGGUAGAAUAUAAAGAAAAAUACAUCCAAGAAUUUUAUCAUAUUCUGUUUGAAGUUUUGGCAUGCAACGUAAUAAAUAUUCUCUGAUGA